GAUAUCUGCUUGCUAAAGUGGCUUACAAUUAGUCUGACUCGCUCAGUUAUCAGUCUGUAGUUUUGGUCCCUUGCGUUAUGGCUACUAGUUCUUCAUCGUCUCAUUCUGUUGGCGAUGCUUUGUCUUGUCCUAUCGCUCUGGUAGUUUCGGAUCUAAAACUUCCUGAUGAUGGAAGUGUCAACGUGCGUCUUACGCCAGUAUUUUGGGUUCGUUUGCAAUUUGUGAACCAGUUUCCGUCGGGCUAUCUUUUGCCAGUCACUGUUCUUAGUCUUGGCUACAUCAUUGACCAUUCCUCGAUUUUUACUCAGGAACAACGUCUGUGUCGUGUCGGUGGGUCGCAAGGAUGGAUUUGUCGUGUGUGCAUGUCUGUAAUCAUGAUUGUGCACCUAAUCUCAUCGUUUUCAAGCAUUUGAGGGUUGCUAGGUGUGAUUUGUCUCGUCUUAUCUUGCCUGUCCCUUUUGCAAUUGAUAUCGCUCUCAGCGGGCCGAGCAUUCUCAUACUGAUGGCAUUGAACGUUUGUAAAGGCAGACUCUCGAUGCUAAACAGCAUUUUGUGAAUUAUCAUCAGCGCUCCCCUGAUGCUGUUGUUCAUGAAGAGCCAGAGACCAUUCGAACGUCUGAAGAGCUGGAAAUUAUUAAGGAAUGCCAACACAACAUGAGUCGGGAUGUUCAACGCAAAGCCUCGAGUAUUGUGCCUAUGAUAGUGUGUGUGCCAGCGAACUCAAGCAUGUGGAUCUAAGGAAGUUUCCUUUGCAUUUGCUGCGCGUUGAUUAAUGAUUGCUUGCAUUGCCUUCUAGCUAUGAUUGAUGGUCUUGAAUUGCUAUUCUAUAUCCAGGACAUGAUGCGCAAAACAGGAUACGAC